AUGUUUGCGGUUCAAAGAGGGGGGUUGGACACUCAGCAACUGCUGCUGUCGCUUCUGCUCUUCGCGCUCUGGGAGGCUGGGAGCGGCCAGGUCCACUACUCCGUCCCGGAGGAGGCCAAGCACGGCACCUUCGUGGGCCGCAUCGCGCAGGACCUGGGGCUGGAGCUGGGGGAGCUGGUGCCGCGCCUGUUCCGUGUGGCGUCCAAAGGCCAUGGGGACCUCCUGGAGGUAAAUCUGCAGAAUGGCAUUUUGUUUGUGAAUUCUCGGAUCGACCGCGAGGAGCUGUGCGGGCGGAGCCUGGAGUGCAGCAUCCACCUGGAGGUGGUGGUGGAGAGGCCGCUGCAGGUGUUCCACGUGGAGGUGGAGGUGAAGGACAUUAACGACAACCCGCCGGUGUUCUCUCUCAGAGAACAAAAGCUGCUGAUUUCGGAAUCUAAGCCACCUGACUCUCAUUUUCCUCUAGAGGGCGCCUCUGAUGCGGAUAUAGGAGAGAAUGCUCUAUUGACUUACAGACUAAGUCAAAAUGAAUAUUUUUCUUUAGAAUUACCAAGAAAUAGUAAGCAGACUAAUAGACUAUCACUUACAUUAAAGAAGUCUCUGGAUAGGGAGAAAACUCCGGAAAUUAGUUUGCUUCUGACGGCUGCAGAUCAGGGAAAGCCGGAGCUAACUGGCACGGUUCAGCUUUUCAUCUGCAUCUUGGAUAUUAACGACAAUGAUCCAGAAUUUGAGCAACCAGAAUACAAGGUGAGAUUAAUGGAAAACGCAGCUAAAGAAACGUUUGUGAUAAAAUUGAACGCUACAGAUCUAGAUGAAGGAGUCAAUGGGGAGGUAACAUACUCCUUGUUGUCCGUUAAGCCCAAUGGAAAACCCUUAUUCACAAUAGGGAAAAAUAGUGGAGAGGUGAGGGUCAAUGGAACUUUAGAUUAUGAAAAAAACAAAUUUUAUGAAAUUGAAGUACAGGCCACAGAUAAAGGAAAUCCUCCAAUGGCUGGUCACUGUACAGUCUGGGUAGAAAUCUUAGAUGCCAAUGAUAAUGCGCCUGAAAUCACCGUGACUUCCCUGUCUCUCCCAGUACCAGAGGCCACUCAGCCUAGUACCGUCAUUGCGUUAAUUAGUGUAUCCGACCGCGAUUCUGGUGUGAACGGACAGGUGAUCUGUUCUCUAACGCCCAAAGUUCCCUUCAAGAUCAUGUCCACCUUCAAGAAUUACUACUCACUAGUGCUGGACAGCGCCCUGGACCGCGAGAAGGUGUCACACUACGAGUUGGUGGUGACAGCACGGGACGGGGGCUCGCCUUCCCUGUCAGCCACAGCCAGCCUGUCCGUGGAGGUGGCCGACGUGAACGACAACGCGCCAACGUUCGCGCAGCCCGAGUACACGGUGUUCGUGAAGGAGAACAACCCGCCCGGCUGCCACAUCUUCACGGUGUCCGCGCGGGACGUGGACGCGCAGGAGAACGCGCUGGUGUCCUACUCGCUGGUGGAGCGGCGGGUGGGCGAGCGCGCGCUGUCGAGCUACGUGUCGGUGCACGCGGAGAGCGGCAAGGUGUACGCGCUGCAGCCUCUGGACCACGAGGAGCUGGAGCUGCUGCAGUUCCAGGUGAGCGCGCGCGACGCGGGCGUGCCUCCUCUGGGCAGCAACGUGACGCUGCAGGUGUUCGUGCUGGACGAGAACGACAACGCGCCUGCGCUGCUGCCGCCUGGGGCGGGCGCUGGGGGCAGCGCGGUGAGCGAGCUGGUGUCGCGGUCGGUGGGCGCGGGCCACGUGGUGGCGAAGGUGCGCGCGGUGGACGCGGACUCGGGCUACAACGCGUGGCUGUCCUAUGAGCUGCUGCCGGCGGCGGGUGGUGCGCGCAGCCCGUUCCGCGUGGGGCUGUACACGGGCGAGAUCAGCACGACGCGCGCCCUGGACGAGGCGGACGCACCGCGCCAGCGCCUCCUGGUGCUGGUGAAGGACCAUGGUGAGCCGGCGCUGGUGGCCACCGCCACCGUGUUGCUGUCGCUGGUGGACAGCGGCCAGGCGCCUAAGGCCUCCUCACGUAUGUCGGCGGGCGUCACGGGCCCAGAGGUGGCGCUGUUGGAUGUGAACGUGUACCUGAUCAUCGCCAUCUGCGCGGUGUCCAGCCUGUUGGUGCUCACGCUGAUGCUGUACGUCGCACUGCGGUGCUCGGCGCCGCCCAAUGAGGGCGCAUGUGGGCGGGGGAAGCCCGUGCUGAUGUGCUCCAGCGCGGUGGGGAGCUGGUCUUACUCACUGCAGAGGCGACAGAGGGUGUGCUCUGGGGAGGGGCUGCCCAAGACAGACCUCAUGGCCUUCAGUCCCAGUCUUCCUCCGGGUCCGGAUAAAGGAGACGGAGGGGAAAGGCAGGAGACAGAGUCAAAUCAUCUUGAGCAGGUGAGUGCUAUAGGUUCUCUCUAUUUUGAAGUCUAA